AUGCAACGUACCCUCGUCCGAGCACUUCAACACACCUCAAAACGCUCCGCUCAACGCAAAUCCAUCACUGUUGCACGUGCCCCCAAUAUGACGAUCCAACCCGCUUCGGAUGAACGAGCUCAAGAGCUACGUCACAACUACAACACCAUCCGCGACGAGCUCAACCAGGCCGCGCAGAGCAGAGAAGAAGGCGACAAGGCGAGAGAUAACUUCAAACGAUGCAUGGAAUGCGUCUCCAAGACUGCUGACAUCGCAAGAGUUUUGUUCAUCCGCACAGCCGACGCUGGUCGCCGUGUCCAAGCUCAAGCCGUCGUCCGACAUUCUGGCCCUGUACGACCAUGGCGUCCGUCACUUUGGAGAGAAUUACCCUCAAGAACUCGUUGAUAAGGCCAAGGAAGUAAGCCUUACGCAUGCCCUACCUCGUCGGCAAUCGGGAGCUGAUUCGAGCGCCGUGUGGGGCGCGGGGCUUUCCUCUCCAUCAGUUACCUAGUGACAUCCGCUUCCACUUCAUCGGAUCGCUGCAAUCCAACAAGGCCAAGAUGCUUGCCUGUACGUUCCCUCACGUACUCCCAGAGACCUCUCCUUAUCCCACACUAAUUCCCGUCUGGUCUCCUCAAACGUGGCCCCUAGCCGUUCCGAACCUCGCCGUCGUCGAAACGCUCACCUCCACCAAAGCCGCCACAGCCCUCUCCAAAACGCGUCAAGCUCUUGCCCCACCCGUUCCCGAACCCUUGGCCGUUUAUCUCCAGAUCAACACCUCGGGUGAAGCGUCCAAAUCAGGCCUUGCCCCUCUGUCCCUCUCCUCGUCCACCGACGAAGCUAACAAGACGGGCGAAUUGAUCGAUCUGGCCAAACAUGUGCUUUCGGAAUGUCCCGGAUUACGACUAGAAGGCCUGAUGACGAUCGGAUCGAUCGACGCUUCUCAUCAAGCGGGGGAAGAAGGCCAAGAGAACCCCAAUUUCACCCUCCUCCGAAAAACGAGGGAUGAUCUCCUCCUCGCUUUGAGGGGUGUUGAAGGGGAGGGAGCGAAGGAGUUGGUGGAAGGGAGAAGAAAGUUGAGAUUGAGUAUGGGGAUGAGCGAUGAUUUCGUGCAGGCGAUCAAGCAGGGGUCCAAUAACGUUAGGGUCGGAUCGAGGAUCUUUGGAGCUAGACCACCGAAAAAUUCGUGA